AUGGCAUUAUGGCAGCAAAAGCAUGUUCUCUCAGUUCUGAUGAUAAUUCUUUGCCUAGUACUUUGUGUUUGUUCUCAUGAAAGGCAUUAUUAUACCGCUCCAAGUGUCACUCCUUUAACGGAUUCUUUUCCUCAUGUUCUAGUUGAUCUUUGGUUUUCUAAAUCCUUUGGUGCCUCAAAUAUCAAGUUUCUGAAUAAUGGGUCCAUGGCCACUCUGGCUCUGGACAAAACUUCAGGCUCUGGUGUGGUCUCGCGAACCAGAUACUACUAUGGAUUCUUCAGCGCUGCCAUCAAGUUACCCGCUGGUCAGUCAUCUGGAGUUGUAGUAGCCUUCUAUCUGUCGAAUGCAGAUGUGUUCCCUCACAACCAUGAUGAGAUAGACAUUGAACUGCUUGGUCAUGACAAGAGAAACGACUGGGUCAUUCAGACAAAUAUAUAUGCCAAUGGGAGUGUCAGCACAGGAAGAGAAGAGAAGUUCUAUCUCUGGUUUGACCCAACACAGCAGUAUCACCAUUACAGCAUACUUUGGAACAACUAUCACACCGUUUUCUUGGUGGACAACAUACCAGUGAGGGAGUUCACACACGGCAGCAAAUACCCUUCUAUAUACCCAUCAAAGCCAAUGUCAGUGCAUGCCACAAUAUGGGAUGGUUCAAAAUGGGCCACUCAUGGAGGAAAAUACCCAGUUAAUUAUAAGUAUGGUCCUUUUGUUGUUUCAUUUACAGAAAUGGAACUCACUGGCUGCAAAUCAAAUCCCACAGAAUCCACAGUGCCUUCUUGUGGCGAGGUCAUUUCUUCAAGCUCAUUGGACCCAGUUAAUGGACCAGAGUUUACAAAGCUGUCACAGCAGCAGAUUGAAGCCAUGGACUGGGCAAGAAGGAAAUUAAUGUUUUACUCUUACUGUAAUGACAGACCCAGGUUCAAAGUUUUACCACCAGAAUGCCACUAA